GUUUAAUUAAAAAAUGCUUUUUUAAACAUUUGUCACAAUUUGUGGUCAUUUAAUGAUCAGUGAUUUCAAGUGAAGACAUUUCAUUGGAGUGAUACCACCAAUUGAGUCGAUGGCAGAUAAUGUGUUGAUAUUGAGGGGAUCGAAAGGUCUGUCUUUAGUAAAUGGAGACAAUCCUUACAACGAGCUCAAGUCACUGAUCGCUUCCAACACUGUGCGGGCCAUUGAUGUGUCCACUGAUGGCAAAUAUCUGGCAUUUGCUGACAACAACUCUGUCAAAGUGGUGACACUUCCCGGAUGUGAUGCUGUGUUUGAGAAAAGCGGUGUUAACUUGAAUUUCAUAAAGUUAUCGCCGAAGGGAACCAUAUUAGCGACUUGGCAUCACUUGAGCACAUCCAGCGCUCCCAACAAUCUUAAUCUCUACAAUGUCUUCACGCAAACACAUCUCAUCGGAAUGGCGCAGAAGAAGCCGAGCCGUUGGUGUCCGCACUGGACGGACGACGAGUCGGUUUGUGUCCGACAUCUGAAUAUGGAAUUGAAUUUCUAUUCAGACAAUCACUUCGAGAGGUACGCCCACCGGAUGUGCUCACAAAAAGUGGCCAAUUAUUCAAUGGUGACCAACAGUGGCACGGGCUGUCACUACGUGGCCUGUUAUACGGUGGGAGUGAAAGGUCAGCCCAGUUUCGUACGGAUCUAUCAGUUCCCGCGCUUCGACGGCAUAGCCAUCGCCAACAAGAGCUUCUAUAAAGCAGAU